AUGCAGAGACCUCUCGACCUUGCCUGGAGGCUGCGAAUCGGCGCUUUAGCUUCCACCCUGUUCCUAAGCGUUUUUAGUGUUGCGGCGGUAAUUCUGUUGAGACGCCGAUCUAACCACGAAGGGGCUCGAAUGGGUAUCUCAGCAUUUUCAGUCGUUUACACCGCUUGUCCGAAGGCUUUCGACUUCCUCUGGGUCCUCUACGUCUCGGUUGUUGUCGUCAUCUCCAUCACUCUUUUUACAGCCGGUCUCAUAUAUACAAACAACAGCGCCCUGGCCGAGGGCGCAGACGUAUUUUGGAUACAGCGCCGCGGGGAUCUCUUAGGAAAUGUUACCAGCGCUUUUCUAGUCUACCGUAAUCUUUCGGAGGCUAGAGACCGGAAAUGGCAACUUCGGAGCGAGUGGCUUGGAAUUGACGUCAAGCUAUACCCCAGGAGUCGGGACGACUUCGAUUUCCGUUGCAAGGGUUCUGGAUCGACUGCGUGCCUCGUGCCUGAGAGCUCUUCCGACAGCUCGCUGCCCCGAGAAUGUGGCGGCGGUCGGGUAAACGGAUGCGGGGACUACGGACCGGGCCGGACCAUGCGGCGGAGUGGGGCCGAGAAUACAGCGGACGUCCGCGGUCGCGCAUUGAGGCGUGAUUAG